GACGGUCUCAGUUCCUCCACGUUCUCCGUUGUAGCUUUUAUUUUCAACGCUAUCUUCACCAUUUCGUUGCCGGUUUCCUUUUAUUUUAUUUCCGAGUUUGUCUCCUCGAUCGUUGCGUUGCGCUGUUUUGUGGUUAUGUUCGUUUGUUGAUCUUCGACUAAGGCAUUCAAGGAUGAUCCUCUUGGAAAUUACUGGAGCCGAACCGUGAAAUCGCACAACGUUCACUGUUUCAGCGUUUUCCACUGCAACAAAUGGCGCUGUACGCACAUCGAACGAAGCUUCAUCUUCUCUCCAACAGAGGCGCCACAUUCAUUCAGAAUGCAGGGUUUCCAAGACGCAUUAAUUAUGGAAAAAUUGAAGCAUAAAUAACCAAACCAAGGGUACGGAAUUGUUGAGUAGUAUCUACUGCAUCGAUAUCGUGUCAGAAAACCAAACAAGAACAAUGUAGAAUAAUUACGUUAAAUAAGUUCUGCAUCGGUGUGCUAUGAUCUGUUAUAAAUUCAAGGAACGUCAAAAUGAUUUCUAAAACUGUGUGCAUCACUCAAGAAGGACCGGCAAAUGCAUUAGCACUGAACAAGGACAAUAGUCAAGUUGUUAUAGCAGGACGAAAUGUAUUUAAAAUAUUUACAUUAUUGGAAGACAGAUUUGAGGAAGCCUGCAACUUACGUGUUGGAAAAAAUUUGAACUUAAAUUUCUCUUGCAACGAUGUAGCAUGGAAUUUGAUCGAUGACCAUAUAUUGGCAACUGCAGCCACAAAUGGCGCAGUGGUGGUUUGGAACUUAAACAAAUCCUCGCGAUCCAAGCAGGAACAUGUUUUUAUCGAUCAUAAGAGAACUGUAAAUAAAGUUAGUUUCCACAUGACCGACCCUAUGUGGCUGAUAUCUGGUUCCCAAGAUGGCACCAUGAAAUGCUUCGACUUGAGAAUAAAAGAGGCAGCUAGAACCUUUUAUAGUAACACCGAAUCCGUGCGCGAUGUACAGUUCUGCCCACAUUCUCCGCAUACUUUCGCUGCGGUUUCCGAGAAUGGCCACGUGCAGCAAUGGGAUUUGCGCAAACCGGACCGUUAUUUCCAACAUUUCACCGCCCACAGCGGUCCUAUAUUCGCGUGCGAUUGGCACCCUGAAACCACGUGGCUUGCGACCGCUUCUAGAGACAAAACAAUCAAAGUGUGGGAUUUAUCGGGUAAGCCAAGCUGCGAUUACGUGAUACACACUAUAGCAUCGGUGGGUCGCAUAAAAUGGAGACCCCAAAGAAAGUAUCACAUAUCCAGUUGCGCUCUCGUCGUCGACUGUAGCAUAAACGUAUGGGACAUACGCAGGCCGUACAUUCCUUUCGCAAGCUUUAACGAGCACAAAGAUGUCCCGACUGGUGUGGCUUGGCGAGGCAAUCCGCAAUCGUUCCUGUCGACCAGCCGAGACUGCACCCUGUACCACCAUGUAUUCAAAGACGCGACUAGGCCGGCGAACAAAGCGAAUCCACAAGGUAUUGCUUUGAAUCCGAAAGGAGAUAUUGCGUAUGCUUGUAAAGUAAAUGUUCAUGUUACAACCACAAUGAAACAGUUGACUAAUAUCAUGAGGAAGACAGCCGCAACGAACGACACGUUCUGCAUGGCUUCCAGCGUGAUGCACAGAUUCGCCCUGAGCGUGCCACGGGAGCCAAAAUGGUUCAAGGUUUGCGCGGAGGGAUACCUGUUGUCCGGUCGACUGAACGACAUUUGCGACCAUAACGCCGCUGUCGCUAGAAACGCCGGACGGAACGAUAUCAGUACGGUAUGGAGUAUUAUAAAGACCUUGUACGCGAACCCAAUGGGAUCGAUACUGAAGACGCCGCCGACCGCAUCCAAGGAAGAUAUCGUGAACACCUUGAAUUUGGCACAGAUCACGAUCGGGCCCAGCAUAGAUCAGUUGAACGCAGGGCACGAGAACGACGCGAAGUCCUUGCAAGGCGAAGUAACAGGAGCGGCAAGCGGGGGCGACGACGAGACGGAGACCGACGAGACGCCGGAGAAUCAGCACUCGAUCGGCUCGUUUUUGCCCAGCUACAAGAAAGCGUUCAUCGAUAACAAGGGGUCGGACACGAAGGGGGACUUUUUGUUCGGUGAAAGCGAGUUCGAGCCGGUGACGAUACACAGUUCCAGCUACAUACACAACAUAAUGAACAACGAGAACGACUGGACACUGUCCAAGGAAGCGUUUCCUUUACGGCACGAGAUCAAAGACAGAUCGCCGCCGCCGGAACAGUUCCCGAACCACCCUCCGGACAUCAACGAGGACUGCGCGUCCUUGACGAUCGAGGACCAGCCGAGCCAACUGAUCGUUUCGAACAUCCCGAAGCCGCAGUUCUGGGAUCCGACGAACUUGAUCGAGGAGGCGUUGAAGCAUCACGCCGCGCUUAGGGACAUACAGACCUCGGCGUCGAUUUUAAUAGCGUUGGGAGAGAAACGGAAGAACUUGAACAUAGAGACGGCUGUCCAGGAACAUUGGAUUCUGGACUAUCUGGACAUGCUGGCAAGGUUUAAGCUUUGGAACGUGGCCACGCAGAUCAUCCAAUCGGUCUGGAUACCGUCGGUGUCGCAACUCAAUCAGCAAUCGACGGUGAUUCACGCGUGUUGCUUGGCCUGCUCGAAACCGCUGCAGCGAGCCGCGUGGUUAUGCGACCGGUGCCACUCCUCGCAUCACGCGCUCUGUUCCGUUUGUCAUCAAGUGGUGCGAGGCAUGUACGCAUGGUGCCAAGGAUGCACCCACGGGGGCCAUGUUCUGCACAUGAGCGAGUGGUUCCGAUGCAACCGACAGUGCCCGACCGGAUGCGGACACAUGUGCGAAUAUACUUAAAGACCGUCGACUGUGUGCGAUAGCCCGCUUUGUUGUAAGUUUUCUACGCCCAUGUACAUAAUUAUUAGACAGUACUUACGUCGUCGGUAACAAUCGUAGACACGUAGCGUACUUUGUGAACCGAACAGUUUAGAGAAAUUAAAUUAUUUAUUGAUUCUGCUUUUGUAAA